GGGAAGCGGGGGAGAUCAGAAGAAGACGUGUCCGUGUCAAGAGCAGAGUACCUGUUUGAAGAAGUGAGGUGGAGCUGUUGGUCCUUGAUGCAAAAUUGACAGGAUACUCUCUAUCUAUAUAUAUUUCAUUUCCCCCUUUUCCCCUCAUUCAGAUUCAAUUUGUUUUAUUAUUAUUUUUACAAAAUAAAAUAAAACCACUGUGUGGUUUUAUUGUCAUUUUUGUUCUCCAGUGUUUUCCCUCUUUUUUGCCAUUUUGGGUCUUAUUUUCUUUUUUCCCCUCUGGAUGCCUUGGAUCUGUAAAAUAAACCAUGUUUGGACUGAAACCACCACUCUAUUACUUACCAGGUAAGGCGACUCUUGAUGAUACCUUUUCUCUUCUGCUUCCUUUUAAUCUUCUAAUUUAACAGCAGUGUUAUAUCCAUGGAAGAAAUAAGAAAAUGAAUCUUUUGUAGCGGGCCACAGUGGUCAACUCAAAAGGAGCUCCUUAGAUGUGCCAAUUUGAACCUGUCCACUCUGCUUGUUAAAAGAAAGGCAUUCAGCAUUUUGUGGUAGUUGCUCUUGGGUCAAACAUUUUAGAAAGGGACACGAAUUGGCAGCCUGCCUCUGCACUGUCCAGUGCAGAGGUGCAGAUGACAGAACCCCACUCCAAUUAAUGGAACUUUUGUAGGCUAAAUCAGAGGUGGGAGACAGUUGAUGGAAUUGCGGAGAGAUGAGGAUUUGUAAAUCACUUUGUACAUUGGUGUGGUUCUUCCUCAUCUUCUUCCUCAUCAGUGCUUUGCUUGAAGUUCAAUGGGAUUGGGCAGGGAUAGCACCAACCUGGGCCCUAGAGGUUGAUGAGAUUACAGUGGGAGGUGAACCUGCUGCAAGUGCAAGGACCCUGGGCUCCAGCAAUUAUCCCCCCUCCCUUCACAUCCCUCCAUCACCCCCCUCCUCUUGAAAACCAUGUGCAACAUGAGCGCCUGUGGGCUUCUCCGUGGGCCCUUGGGGUAUAUAGCAUAUCUCACUCCUUUUGUCCACCCUGCUUGGCUUCCUAAGUGGUGAGUCUUGUUUUAUUCAGCAGCGAGCAGCAAAAGCACUUAAGUAAUCUAAGGUGAAUUAAGAAGCGUGGUGUGAAGUUACUUUCGAGUUGGUGCCUAAUAUUGUUUCACGGAUGGGUGAGCUCUGAUCAUGUAGCAGACAGACCCAAAGUGGCGACUCUGAGUCUCUCUCUGCCUCUCCUUCCCCCGCCCCCAACAGCUUACUCUGUUUGAUUUUAUUUCCCUCUCUUCUCCACGUACCCCACAUGGCUUCCCAUCCUCUGAAUCCCAACAGUUUGAGGAGGGGGAGGCUUGUCGGUGGAAGGCAGGUGUCAUUGUGGAGACCUUCCUCUUCUGGGCCAGCAAGAGGUGUAGGUGUAUGUUAUGUAUGUGGCUGUGCUUAGUGUAGUAAGUGUCAGAUUGUCACCCCACCCCAUCCAUGGUCUACAGCUUGUGUCUCUCAACAUGCAAAUAUAAUUGUUCCUUUUAAGGCAGCUGCUUUUACGGGAACAGAACAGAACAUGGGAUGUGUGUGGAGUAUUUCCCCCCUCUUCCUUGUCGCUUAGCUACUGAAAUGGGUCACCUGGGCAAAGUUAAGGUGCACCAGUGUUACUUCUGCCUUUGGCUGCAUGGUGACACUUUUUCUUACUUGCCUGUGGUUUUACUGGGGUGGGGGAAGUGAGAAGAAAGAUCCGCUUCCCUCCCCACUUCCCGAGGUUCGUCUAUCAACUCUGCACCAGCAGUGGUUUUCUAAACCCAGGCUGAUUGUGAAGGCUUGACUUCAGGAAACGGGUUUUCCGUGUGGCAGUUAGUUACAGGAAUAACUUUUAUUUGCAAAGUGUGUCUUUAAACUGAUGCAAAGUGUCCUGGACUGUGGUAAGAGAGGCAGGACUUAGUUCUGAAAGCUAAGGUACUGGGUCCGUGCAAACGUGUUCAUUCCAGGGUUUGCCAGAUGAGUUGGUUAAUCUCAUUUGUUUUUGCAUUUUCAAGUCAUUCGUUCUAGCUCAGCUGAAAAUCGUGUUACUGCAAAAUUCCUUGCACAUUCUGAGUGGCUUCAGCUCAGAAAGUUCACCACCUUUGGGAAAGGAAAUCUAGUUAGCUAUGCUGGUUUCAGGGUAAAGUGCAGGUAAACUGGACACACAGGUUAACUGGUCUGUGUCACCUUCCAUAUUGACCUAACUUCCCUGAAAGCCAGUGAAUGGUAAUAAUCUGAGCUAGGGAUUGAAUUUGACAAAUUAACCACCCAAUCCCUAGCAUAUGUUGACUUUAUUCUGUCAUCAUGGAUCAGAAACAAAAGUUUGUUUGUUUGUUUGUUUGUUUGAAGGGAUCAACACAUGAUGAGUUUGGCAAGCCCAUAUUAGGCACUUCACCAACAAGUCCUGUGUACUUUCAUAAUCUUCCAACCAAUGAGUUUUGCUCAGUUCCCAAUGUGCAUACUCCAAACACAUCUAUAAAAUGAAUCCAUUUUACUUGCCUCUUAAAUGUUUGCAGGGCUGAGCUCUGGUGGGACUCCCCUGUGAGGGAUUUCCCCAGGUAAGGUUCCACAACUGGGAAGGCUCAACAAUUACUUGUCUUCAUACAUUACAUUUUACCUUAUGGGCAGAUUGAACCCAGAGCUGUGCUAUUUUUCAGGUUCUUUAGUACUCUCUUCCUUUCUUUCAUAUAUUGAUAUCUAUUAUCCCAGUUGCAAGCAAGGAGUUGUGUGAAUCUGGAGUUUUGCUCCAUUCAUUCCAAACAGAGCAAUAAUGUGGUUUAUCUUAGUAAACUGUACUGAGGUUUUUUACAAUCACGUGGUGUAAAAUUUUUAUGAAGAAAACAUAAAUAAAACUGUCCCGCUGUUCCUGACCAACAGCCCAUCAUCAGUGUGCCUGGAUCCUCUUGACUGAAAUGGCUUCCGCCAUCAAUUUCCUACCCCUGUCUACAGUCUGCAUUAGGAAGGGGGGGGGAUAACUCAAAACCCAAAAUACGCCAAAGCUAGGAGAACGUGACUUACUAUUUUGAUUUUUGCAAUUGGAGUAUGAGAUGUAAGAUUAGACUGGGAGGUUGCUCAAAUAAAUUCAAAGUUAAAAUGCAGGUACAGCUUCCUCUGCGGAAAACAGGGAAUGCUGUUAAAAAAAUAUUAUUAAGAGGAAAUUGCCCUGAUAAUCAAGUAUGCCGAACUUUGUGGGUCUCUGAGUGUUGUAGUACUGAGUAUUGUGAGGUUAGGCAGGUGUUGAAGUGGGAAAGGCAUGUGAAUAUAUUCCUGAAGUUUGUAUUGCUAUUUUAUUCUUCCUUUGAUUUGAUUUCUGUGCCACUUUCUCUUCAAGUGAAUCCCAAAGUGAUUAAUAAACAAUAAGUAACAAUAGCAACAAUAAACAUAAUGGUACAUCACCAUCACAGCACACAACAUCACAAUGACAACCUGUGGGCCAACAAAAAUUGACCCCGCCAAGUCCUGUAAUAUCAUUAACAAAACAAUAUAACAAUUAUAAGUAAUUAUAAUCUAUAAAACUGCAGCUAAAAAGUAGGCCACACAUUAUUACAUACACACAGACUCAGUAAUCAUUAAGAUACACAGUCCAGCAUAUAAGAGGAAACUAAUCCAAUAGAAGUACCUGCGAGCAGAACUAUACUUAUAAUGAACACCCAGGCCACAUUCACACCACACAUUUAAAACACUAUGAUGCCACUAUAAACAGCCAUGGCUUCCCCCAAGGAAUUCUGGGAGCUGUAGUUUGGUUAAGCGUGCCAAGAGUUGUUAGGAGACACCUCUUUCCCUCACAAAGCUACAGUUCUCAGAAUUCUUUAAUGGUCAAUCCCACUUCCCAGGGAACUCUGGGAAUUGUAGAUCUGAGAGGAACAGGGGUCUCAUAACAAUUCUCAGCACCCUUCACAAAUGAUGGCUCCCAGAAUUCCUUGGGGCAAUCAAUGACUGUGGUGCCACAGUUCUUUAAAUGUACAGGCACCCCUCGUUUUGUGUGGGGGUUCCGUUCUGGACCUCCGUGCAUGCUGGCAGAGCGCACAUAAGCCUGCCCCAUUCCACCCCCAUUUCAUUCUGCCCCUCUGUCCCUUUUCAUGAUGUCUUUAAGGCCAUUUGGGGGCUACUUCCAUGUUCGGCGCCAUGCACAUGUGCACGAUUGCACAUAAUUUGGACACGCCUAAACCAGGAGUUGCCUGUAUGGUGUGAAUGCACCCCCAGUUUCCUACACAACAAUCCCAUAGAUUUGUGUUUAUGAGCAGCAUCCCUACUUCCACCCAGCCUGCUACUCCCCAAACUUAAAUUCUUUGCUUGAUGCUUGGCUCCCUGCCAGGAAAUGUGUUGUGCUGGGGAAUACAAGAGGUGGUAUUACGACCAUGCUACUUUUCUGCAGUAGGCCAGCCUUGCAAAUAAGCUGCAAAGUUAACCAGCUCACCUGCCCCAUGCAUACCUAUCUCUUAUUUGUGCCACAGUGAUGGCCUAAAAGCAGAGUUGCAGGGAGACUCAGCUUUGGUCAACUUUCUCUCUGGCCACUUGGAAGCUAUUGUUGCUUGCUAUUGGCAAAUGGCUUUUUACAUCCCUGUUGUCAGCUUGUGACCAGCAGCUCCCGCCCAUGGCUACAACAUUCAGUUGAUUAAUUGGUUUGCUGAAUUGAUUGUAAAAUCCAAAAAUUAAUUUUAAAAGAUGCCACCCAAAUAAUAGGGCAAAUGAUACUUUAAAAAAAGAUAUACAUGCUAAUACAGAUUCAAAUCAUCCUGUGUUCAUGCUUCUGUAGCCAAAAGCACACAUCAGUGCAUGAGGAAGAAGUGCCGGUAGGUACAGGGUAACCCUGAAUACAGUAUCUCUAUCAUCUCUCUAUCUCUAUCUCUAUCUCUAUCUCUAUCAUCUCUAUCUCUAUCUCUAUCUCUAUCAUCUCUAUAUCUCUCUGUCUGUCUGUAGGAAAAGGAACCCCCCCUAAAAGCCCCAUAAUAACUCAGUGACAUUGAACAUUUGAGAGACUUGGAGGGGAGCGUAAUAGAAUGGAGGACAGAGGCCCAUAGAAACAAAUAAAGGGUAGGAAAAAACAACCUCAUUUUCUUCCUGUUUCACACAGAGCUUAAUAUUCGCACCAUACAUAUAAAGCACCUGAUUCCCUCUCCCCAAUAUAAUCAUGGGAACUGUAGUUUACCCCCCACACGACCACCAUUCGCAGCACACUUAACUAGUUCCCAGAAUUCUUUGGUGUACACCACAUGCUUUAAAUGUAUGGUGUGGAUGUGACCUAACAUGCCAUUUUUCAGUGUCACAAGGAACUGAAGGGAGAGAGCUGCCCAUUGAGAACUUCAUGUUACUGGGAUUUGACACAAGUGUGUCAACACUGCCCAAACAAAAGGCGGGGAGUAGCUGUGGGGGACAGACCAUGCUCUGUGGGCAUGGGAUAUUGAUGGAUUGUUGGGAGGAAUGAAAGCUGGGAAGAUAGAAUUGGGGGGAGGGGGAGAACAGAUGGAACCCUGAACUAAGGCACCUCCACACUGUUAACAUUUCACUGCAGGGCCCCAUUUGUUUCCAGUAUAGAUACUUCCAGUAACUGUGGUUAGGCUGGUGUAACCAUAAGAAGAAGCGUUCCCUGCCCUCUCUCAUGCGAGAGAGAAUGCCAGCUAUACUGUAUGUGUGCUUUCUCCCCACCCACCUCUGGUCAGAUUUAGUUGAAUAAUUAAGAUUUAGUUUAUUGGGUGAUGGCCCUAUAAUAAUAAUCUCUCAGCAGUCUGUGAUGGACAACUCUACAAAAAUAAAUAAAUAAAUAAAUAAAUAAAUGAGUGUAGUAGGAGAAAGCCAGGUAACCCCUUUUCUAUGUUUCUGUAUGUUUUGAACACCCUGAUCGCACCUGUGUAUGGGAUGGGCAGAAAGGGAGGCUUAUUUGCAUCUGUUUGGGAAGUUGUGUCAGGUCAAGUUGCCUUUGCUUUGUGUUUAAGCCUUAUUUUGUAGCUGGAAGAGACUUCCUCAACUUGGUGCCUUUCAGAUGUUUUGUAGUACAAGACUCAGCCAGUGCUCCCAAAAGCAUCUGGAGGCAGUAGCGGAGCUUCAUGCUCUGCCGCCAGGGCUGGAGAGCAGACGCGCUGCCCCCAGGGACGUGGCACGCGUUCUGGGGGGCGGGACGCGUGUUCUGGGGGCGGGGCAGCCAGUCGCGAUGGCGCCCCUGGGAUUGUGCCGCCCGGGGCGCCCCGCCCCCACCGCCCCAAUCUUCCUACGCCCCUGUCUGGAGGGCAUCAGGUUGGAGAACACUGUUCUGGAUCAUGAAAGCAGUUCUACAGGUGUGCUGGGCUGAGCCAAGCCAGCAGAUGCAAGUGUGAUGAUGCCAGUUGUUGUUGAUGAUGAUGAUGGUGAUGAUGUUGUCAGGCCAAUUGUGGAUAUCAAGAUGCGCCACCUCUUCCCAACCUUGGUAUUUCAGGCAGAAUGCUGCUAUGUGCUUUGUGGCAAUUUUUCGCACCACCGGUGCGAUCCACAACCCUGCUCCCGGCAAGUCUUGUCUUGACGAGGUCUUUCCGCUUCUCGGAGAUGACAGGACCUGGUUUGCAUUUUUUGCUUGGGCUGCUUCUCUCAGUGCCUAAAAUAGAAAUCAAUAAAGACUACGUGAAUUCUCCAUGCUUUUGUCCUGUAAAAUCAGGCAGCAGAGGCUCUUGAGGGGUCCUUGGGCAGAGGCGAGGAGAAUUCUUUUUUCCUUUCUCUCCCUACUACAUCUCCCCCCCCCCCAUUUUUGUUUACAUGCUCCAAUCAAGCAAGAAUUACUUAUGGUGCCUCCUGUCGUGUGAAACUUCUCUGUUUUAUUGUAAUUGCUGAAGCACUAAUUCCUGCUCCCUGUAAAAACCAACCAGCAUUUAAUCUAGGGAUGGUUAUUUUAGGCAGAUGCAAAGAGAUUCCAGGAUGUGAUAGGAAGCCAUAGACGGACACAGUUCCAGUGAGUUUCCCAAAGGCUCUAAUGUAUUCCCCCUCCCUCUCCUAAUUCAGUUCCUCCACCCCCAUUGUCUUCUCUGGGCAUCCAUCAGGUGGUCUAUUUUCUUCUCUGGAAGCACCAGAGAGCGGGGUGGGGUGGGGUGGAAUGGGAGGGAAGGUGCAUUGAAGUGUCAGGCUGUGAGAUCCGAAGCAAUUAAGGAAAAUUAUGUGUGGACUGUUCAGGCUGCUGUCAAACAGCGAAAUUAUUGUGCAUAGCCAUUCCAGGCUACCAGAAGACGUUAGAAAUGCUAAUCGCACAGGUAGGGUCACAGCAGAUAGAAAUUUCAACCUUCUCCGAAUUGAAUUUAACUGGGGGUAGGAGUGGAGAGAGAGAGGGAGGGAGGAAGAAAGGCAGAGAGAUUGUUCCCAUUCUAGAAAGUGCCAUCAGGCACCAUAACUUUAUCUGUGUCAUCUUGAGCUAACUCCUCCUAUUCUGCCUGGUGAUUCUUCCUGUCUUUCUCUUUAUCAUCCUCAAAUGGGUCCAUGCAAUUGGCUUUUAACCAGAAAGCUAGUGGUUUGAGCCCACCCAGGGAAGGUGUGGGCAGAAUUCCUGCAUGGCAGUAGGUUGGACUAGAUGACCCUCAGGAUCCCUUCUAACUCCACAAUUCUAUGAUUCUAUGAGUUGUGUUUGUAGCUCAGUGGUGGCUUUGCAUCCAAAAUGCUACAGAUUCAGCCCCCCCAAAUCUCUAGUUAGGUUGCAAGGGUGAGGACAGGUCUUCUCUGCCUGAGACCUUGGAGGGCCACUGACACAUGAAGUCGGCAGCCCUGAUCUAGAUGGUAGGUGUCUGUGUGUUGCCCCUCCUGUCUUGCACACACAUCCUCUCCUCCCUCCUCUUGAGACCAGAUUCCCUGAAUGCUGCCAGGCUCCUGAGGGAGGUCCAUAAUGGAGCAAAGGUGAAAACAAGGAGAUCCAAAACUUGCCGCUGAACAUUUUGCUUUAGUACUUGUGAAACAGUAGGUGGAUGUGUCAUGGAUAGUCAUAAAAAGGUGAGCAAAUGGAAGCAUUUUUUCCCAUUAAUGCUGCUGUGCUGUCCUUUCCCCAUGUUAGAAAAUGGAGCAAAUGGUUAUUAUCUGGGGAGUGUUAUCAGAAGAAUUGGUGGGUCUUAAAGUGGACAGCAGGCUGCUCAACUUAAGAGCUGCUCCUCAGACUUUAGAAGGUGAGCCUCUUGAAGACGAGAGUUUGCACAUAUGCUUUACUUCUGUCGCAAACAUUUUCCCCCUCCUUUUGCAUCUUGUUUGUUGGCUUUACUAAUUUAUAUCCCACCUUGCUCUAUAAAAUACAUUCAAGGCAGUUCACAUUUUCUCUUUAAGUGUGUGUGUUUUCUGGUUGCAGCCACUGCCAAAGACUCUGCUCUUUCAGGGUUCUAGUACGGUAUAUUGUAUUUUCUCAUCUGAUCAUUUUCUGGAGGAGCCCAAAGUCUUUUCAAUCCUGAUUCCCACCCGCUACAAUAUCAGGAAACCACCUAAAAUGUCCCUGAGGUGGGCUGACCCCAUUAGUGCUCCUUAUUCCCUCUUCGGAGCCUCUCUUUUGACAACAGCAGUUUUCUGAGUCUGUCUGGACAUGGGGGCCAUGUCUAGCCUCUUUUGACUCUAUCUCUUUACACACACACACACACACACACACACACACACACACACACACACACACGUCUCUUCCAGAGCUCUGUGUUGUUGUGGUGGAGGAAAUUCAAACACCUGGCUUAGCAGUGGGCAAGGGAUGGGAGCAAGCAGCUGGGAGGUGAGGUUACAAUAUCUUUUUUCCAGCAUGUCCAUAUUUUGAGGAAUGGAUUCAUCAUCAAAGUGCCUUUCUCUGUCUGUGUGUGUUUCUCUCUGUGUGUGUCUCUCUUUCUCUCUUCCCAUCUCGCUCCUUCACUGGAAAAGCAGCAGCAGCAAGGAGCGAUGCAUCUUUGAGCUGUUGGCAGCACAAGAACUGUUCUCCAGUAUUAGGGAGGCUGCACUCAAAUUACCUUCCCAACCACUCCAGGUCAUGCUGCUCAGCGAGUCAUUAAUAAAAGGAAAUUGCAAUCAGCUGCUAUUCCGCUCAAGAGGGAUGUGGGAGCGUUAACACCAUCAGCAUCCUCAUCAACUGGGACUUGUUUCAAAGAGACCCAAAUUCGUUAUAAAGGCUGGGCAAGAGAGCUGGGGGAGCUGGGGGGGGGAGGAAAUGCUUUAUCUUUGGAAAAUCAAAGGCAGCAGUGCUUGCGAGGAGUCUCUUUGCUCUUUCUCUCUCUUGAGAGGGAGUGUGGGAGGCAUACUGGUUGCCAGAUAGCUGGGGACUGACAGUAAUUCCAGCUGGCAGAAUGGCUCACAUCUCAUGUCCCCUGAAUUUGCUGCAGGCAAGGAUUGGUUGCAAGGCCAUGAUCCUUUCCGGGCCUGCAAAAUAACCCAUAGACCCUUAACCCUUCCGCUGCCACCCCCAUCUCCUGUCCCAUUAGGGUAGAGAACUUGUGAAGAGCAUAGUGACAUUUUAACACCUGCUCUUUUAACUCUACUAGAAAUAAGGACUUGCAAUCCAAAGAACUGGGCAUGCAACAGGGAUUCACCACCACUAGUAGUUGGCUGCAGGAAAAUAUUUAUCAGUACAGUACAGUACAAUAUAUUCCAUAGUUCACAGAGGGGAAACACUGUUGUGCCCUCGGUUCCAGCUCACCCAGAUAUUGCCCCAGCGAUGGUGGCCUGACCUGACCUCAUUCCUUCUGAAAUUCGGAAAGAGCUUUGAACAAACCCUGUUGCAUUGGAUCACAGGUCCAUUGAGUCUAGCAUGCAAAUUCCAUUAGGGGCCAACCCCAAGCUCCAGAAGUAGGUCAUCAAGGCAAUGACCAAUCCUCUCUUGCCUAUCUCCAGCAUCUGGUAUUCAGGGGUAUGCUGCCUUAGAAUAUGGAGGCUCUACUCAAUCUCUCCAUGAACAUGUCACCAGUCCUGCCUCCCUGCAAAAAGCUAUCUAGGCUUGUGGCCGAUGCUUGUGGCCCAUGUAUGCCAGAAAGUGGUGUUUGAGUCCCACAGACACCCCAUCUUGCAUCCAUAUUGCCAUCCAUCCAGCUUUCAUUCUUUGUAUGUUUGCCUCUGUAUGUGAGUUUGUGUGUGUGUGUGUUCAGGUGUUAAGUGUUUCCCACUUCAGUUGUAGAAUUCACACAGGAUUAGCUCCAUAUUAACCCCACUGCACAAUGCCCAUCCCUUCCUCCCCUGGCAGGCCCUAAAUUCUGUUGGCAUGGCAACUGUGUCAACCACUUUUGAGGGUCCCCCCUCCCUUCUCACCCUGUGAUUAUUUGAAGGGGGGAGAGAAAGAAAGAAAGAAAGAAAGAAAGAAAGAAAGAAAGAAAGAAAGAAAGAAAGAAAGAAAGAAAGAAAGAAAGGAGAGGCAAGAAAAAAGCAUGCGGGGUGGCAGGGAGAGAAGAUGGCUUGUCUUCAGUGGACUAAUUACUGCAGGAGGCAGAUGGGGAGGGAGGUCUCUCUCUAAGUGCUGCUUCCUUCUCCCCCCCCCCCCCCCCAUGCUGGAAAGAGAUGGCAGAAGGCACGCAGUGACCUGCUGGCAGGCAGGCAGAAGAAAUCAAUACUAUUGUAAAAGGGUGGAGGGAAGAGAGACUCUGUGGGUUUGUCACCUCAGGGUUUUGCUUUGUUGCAAUCUUGGGGAAGGCCAGGGGGAAGGGCCUGACUCUGUUUUUGUCCCCUAGCUUGGAACCUGUUCUUUGGAAGUGAUAGCUACACCCAAAUGCUUCAUUGCCCAUUAGCCGCAAUCUGGGCCCGUCUCUUCUUGGAGGGCAAGAAUACUGGAUCCUUUUGUGCCAAGGGGUUGUUUUUCCAACCCUUCCCAACGUAGACAGGCAAUGGAAAGCAGGGACCAGCUUGUUCUUUUACACAUUAGCAGAACAUAUCGCUCCCUGUGUUUUGCAUGUGUUUCAUAGAUGGACAAAUCUGCCAAUUUUCAGUUUUUCUCAGGUCCUCAUUUUUUCCAACCUUAAGAUCAGUUUGUCCACAUGGAAGUUUGUAUGAAUUAUUUGUGCACAUUUUCCCAAAAGCAUGAAUUUUUGUAAAGGGUUUUGCCCACUAUGCACAUUUUCACAAGCAAUUUCUUCUAAUACAAGGUAUUUUUGUACAUUAAGUUCACUAGCAUAUACAAUUUUGGGUACAGUUUUUGGUUGGAGAAUUGCCUCACAACAUUUGGCUAAGUGUGAAUUCUGAAGGACUGCUGUGUUUCAGGUUACUUGUUAGUUUGGGAAGUGCAAAUUAUGUAUGUUUGCAUUAAAAUGCAAACUGUUUAAAUUCCUUCCCCAUCCCUUAGUGUGUUUGCACAUCAAACUCUAGUGAAGAGAGGCUGAAAUCAUUGUUCUAUCACUUAUACAAAUAUAAACUAAAAAAAUAUUUCUCAAAUUGUAGAAUAAGAUGCUGCUGUAUGGAAUUCCAGAAGGGUUUUUUGUACACUUUAGUGAUGCCGACCGUACAAAUCCAGAGAUUAAGGUGGGGGAGGAGAAGGAGAUAUGUAAUCAUUGCAGUCUUUCUGUGGCAAGACUAUUGCAAGGGUUGUCAAACAUAUGGGGGCCUGUGGGCACACUUGCAAACCAAUGAAACUGAUGCAUUCACAUUGCAAUCAGGUACACACCACAGCCUUUUCUAUGGGCUAUCAUAUAAUGCUUCUCUUAAGCCUAACUUCAGUCUGUGUGGGGAAACUGAGAAAAAACCUCUGUGCUCCUACAAGCAACAUGUUGUCGACUGCUGAACUACUGUACAGAUGUACAUACCUGGGCAAGUGUUCCAACCCUUGGAUCAGGAGCUUCACUGCCAAUUACCCAGGGCUAAAAACAGGCACCAUGUUUAUUUGAGGAAUGAUGAAAACCAGUUCCCUGGAGUCUGGGAUGAAUGUAAUUAGAGCCAGUAGUUUCCUCAACCUGUUCCUGCCCAGGUAAUCCCUUCCACCCUCUCCCACCUGUAAACCAACCAAAUUCCCACCCACUCUCAACUGUCAUUCCAUCCUCCUGUCAGCUCUCCUUCCACUUAACCUUAACAUUCCCCAAGCAGUCUCCCUCACGCUCUAAACAUAAACCCCAUCAAACAGGGUUCAUUGCUGCAUUAUUUAGAAUCAAGAUCUGGAGCUUGUUGCUCUUCUGUCCCCAGCAAGGUGUGGAUUGCAAAGUUGGCCUGCCUCUGCACAGCUCUGGGGUGCAGACACCUUCUGCACAGGAAGCCCAGCUUUCUUGAGCUCCAGCGUGGAAGAAAAACGGGGUAUACAUUAAUUAAAUAAAUUAUGCUGAUGAGAGAUUGACAGGGGUCUGGUCACUUGGACUCCGAAGUUAACCAAAGGCAUAAAAAAACAGAGCAGGUGUAGGGCAAAAGGGUGAUAAAGAUGUUUUCUGUAGCCUGGCACUCCUCAGGGAGGCUCACUCUACAGCUGCAUUCACACAUGGGGUUUAGCCUGGUUUUCUAAUGUUCAUUUCACACUGUGCCCACCUGUUCUGCCACAUCUCGACCACUAUGCUGCCAUUUUGCAGUAAAUGUCAUUCACACAGCAACAAGCAAUGUGCUGCCCACUCUGUAUGUACGUACGCCCUGCCAAAAUACUGGCACGUUUUCUCAUCAGACCAAAAGGUGCAAGCCUUGAAAUCGGCAGGGAGCAUAGCGCAUGCUAGUAUGCUGCCUCACUGCUUGUCACGUGAGUGGCUGUGACGUGAACCCAUUAAAAAGGCAGGCAGAUUGCUGCUGAAAACUCCCGCAAUUUUUGCAGGUUGAAGGGGCUGCAAAUGGAGGUUUUCUGGAAUCAAAUAACACAGAAAUGAGCACUAAACUUGCACUACGUGUCAUUCCAUUAGAUUUUCAGAAGCUGCCUUUAUGCCAUAUGUAAGCUCAGAUAAAAUGCGCAGAGUAACAGGGAAAUAUCAGGAAAUAAAAUAAUCUGCAAUGUGAAUGCAACCUAACUCUUUGAAGACCUAGAUUUAGGGACAUUUGCUCUUUUAAUAAUAAUAAUAAAUUUUAUUUAUACCCCGCCCUCCCCAGCCAAGACCGGGCUCAGGGCGGCUAACACCGAAUAGAAAACAAUUAAUUAAAAUACAGCUUAAAAACAAGAUUAAAUACAACAUUAAAAUUAAAAUGCAGCCUCAUCAGAAAAAGGGGGAGGGGAUCAAGUUGAUUCCAGGCCCUGCGGAAAGAAAUCAAAUCCCGCAGGGCCCUGGUCUCAUGAGACAGAGCGUUCCACCAGGCCGGAGCCAAUGUUGAAAAGGCCCUGGCUCUGGUUGAGGCUAAUCUGACUUCCUUAGGGCCUGGGAUCUCUAAGGUGUUGUUAUUUAUGGACCUUAGGGUCCUCCGCGGGGCAUACUGGCAGAGGCGGUCUCAUAGGUACGUGGGUCCAUAAAUGUCUAGCUGUGUCAUUUACUCCAUUGUGGUCUUCCUUCCUCAUUCAUAUAAUUGUAAAGUUGGAAGGGACCCUAAGGGUCCCCAUGUCCACUCCUCUACAAUGCAGGAAUCUCUGCUAAAGCUUCCAUGACCGAUGGUCACCCAACCUCUGCUUAAAAACCUCCAGUGAAGGAAAGCCAUCACCUUCUGAGGAAGUCUGUUCCAUAGUCAAACAGCUCUUACUGUCAGAAAGUUCUUCCUGAUUUUUAAUUGGAAUCUCAUUUCUUGUAACUUGAAUCCAUGAGUUUGAGUCCUGCCCUCUGGAGCAAGAGAAAACAAGCUUUCUCCAUCUUCCAUGUGACAGCCUUUUGUCAUAUCUCCUCUCCAUUUCCUCUAAUGCCCGACUCCCUCAAUUGUUCCUCAUAAGGCUUGAUUUUCAGACCCUUGUCAAUAUCCUCCUUAAAUUGUGGUUGCCAAAACUGGAUACAGUACUCCAGGUGUGGUCUGACUAAGGCAGAAAAGAGUGGUACUAUAACUUCCCUUGAUCUGGACACCAUGCUUCUGUUGAUGCAGCCUAGAAUGGCAAUCACUUUUUUGCUGCUGCAUCGUACUGUUGUCUCGUGAAGCUUGUGGUCUACUAAGGCUCCUGGGUCAUUUUCACAUGUACUACUGGCAAGCCAGGUGUCCCCCAUCUUCAACUUUUAUCUGGUCUUGUGUAAGUUGUCGCCAUGUGUGUUGAUGGCUUCCCAAAUGCUUCCUGGAUUUUGUGUGUGUGAGAGAGUUUCAGGGCUAGUUUCAAACACCGGAGCAACAGCUUUCAAGAUGCCAAGGGCAUGUGUGCAUUGUAAAGGCACUCGUAGAUUGACAAGUGAUGGAUCGAGAAAGAUUCUCUUCUUCCACCCCCUUCUUGUUGAUCUUGGGGGCAAUUUGUGGAGUCUUGAUCCCCUGUUCUGUGCUCUGCUAAGGCAUGUUAUCUGUAUGAAACCAUGCUCUGAUGUGCCUGCUUGUUAUCGCUGGCUUCCUUUUUAAUUCUACCUCCCUUCUCCUGCCAUGUCCCUCUAAACAGCCUUUGAGAGGAUGAAGGGUAGAGCAUGCUUGCCUAUCUGCAGAAAGCAGACUUCUGCUUUUAUUUAUGACUUUAUAAAUGAAUGUGGAAGGGCAAAUUAUUCCCAGGUCACAGCCUUGCCUCUUUGCCUCCCCCUUUUCUUUAAUCUCUUUUAUUCCUGGGUUAAGCCUGAUGUCCAGUGGCAUUUCUUUACUCAAAGGCAAAUUUACCUGGAGGUGUAUGUGGGUCACAUGAGUAACAGCUGCAUUGUACAUGCAGAUUUCUAAUCCUGGUUGGAAUAAGUAAUAUCUUACAUUUCCCCAAGCUGCUCUCUGACCUGAAAGAUAUCCUAAAGCUUUUGACACAGAGGGAGAGAGUUAAUGAGAGCAUACACACAUCAGGGAGGGGCCAGAGCUCAGUGGUAGUGCAUGCUGUGUAUACAGAAGGUAUUGCAUUUAGUCCUUUGCAUCUCCUGUUGAAAAGACCAGGCACAAAGUGAUGGGAGAAGACCUCUCUUUCUGCCUGUGACCCUGCCGUUCUGCUGUGAGUAAAUACUGGGUUAGAUGAAGAAAUAGUUUGACCCUGGUGUAAAGUGGGAGUGUGUGACUGCCUGUGAACACUUGACAUUGGGCUGCAGCCACCUGGUUUGAAAUGUGGCAAACAUACUACCUACAUGUCAGCACGGAUAAUGCGUUUUCUGUUGGUGGAUGAGCUGUUGGGAGAAGGUGAGGAUAGGAAGAAAAACUGGCCACAGAGCAACCUUUCUUGACAUACUGCUCCUUAAAUUAUUUAUUUUGCUCCAUUCCAAAUCAACCUUUGCUACAGAUUAUCCAAAAAGGGUAAAAUGUGUGUGCAUCUUUUCCUCCCCACCCCCUUCCCAAAUCCCUUGUAGACAUGAAUUCAUAAUAUUCCCCUCCCUCUUGGAUCUUCCAAAUGUCAUAGAGACCCAUGCACUUGGAAGAGCAUCCUGGCAUUAGAUAAAAAUUGGACCAUAUGCACCCUAAGUCGAAGACCGGCGAGCAUGGCAGUCUCGGGGCUGCCGCAAAUAGCCCAUGGCUCUCUAAAUUUGGCUGCAGCAAAUAACUGCUUGGGAUGACAAUGUAUUUUACAGUUUCUGUUUACCCAGGGCGUGCAGACUGAGUCAUCAAGCCAUCUCUUCUGCUGGAUCAACAUUCCUCUUCCUCAAUGAAUUAUUUAAUUGGAAAGAAUGAAAGACACAGCCAACAUUUUUUUUAAGCAACAACAAAUAAUCUGGAAAAAGCUAUGUGCAGUCCAAUUUCCCCCUUCCUCUCCCCCAGUUGUGUGGGGCAGACUGAAAUGGGCAUUUUGGCAAGUUAAUACAGUGCAGAAAGGGUGGGACUAGAGUGUGUGUUGAGAGUGGGUGCCUAAGACGGAGUUUUAUAAGGUGGGUCUCCCCCUUCCUUUCUUUUUAGUGAUAAGCCUUUAAAGAUGUUUGACAUCUGUAACAAACAGCUGGCAUCCUGUUCUGGAAGAGUGUCCUUUUAUUUCUGAGCAGGUUGAACUGCCAUUAAUAGUAUAAUUAGGUGAUUAUCACCAUACAGCAGAAAACUGCUUAAUUGCAGAGUGAGCUUUUCUUCCAUUCCUGUCUCUCUAUGGUGGCAUUUGUUUUAGUCUGCAGGAAUUUCCCCCUCUGUUUUGUCGUUCGAGGUUGUUGUUGUUGUUGUUGUUGCUGCUGCACCUGACAACUGUGCUUACACCAUGGAGUUCAAGCAUCUCUGUCGACAUAAAUCGGGGGGGGGGGGACUUUGCCACCCGGCUUCAGCUUAUUCAGGGGCUGCAAACUGUUUGCAGACCAUGGGCUUUGCAUGCAGAAGGCCCAAGAUUCAAUCCCUGGUAUCUCUAGUUUGAGAGAUGUUUGAUAACAUCCCACUCUGCUUGAGACCAGUAGAGGCUACUCCAUUAAGGCAUGCAGGGACACCGCCACACCAAGAUCAGUCUGUCUUCAGCCAGCCCCCACAUGCCUACCUCCUGAUUUAAAACCAGUCCGGGGGUGGCACUGGCUGUCAACUUUUGCCUCCUUAGUCUCAGAGUUGCCUGUGUAGAAAUCAACACAGAACGAUGAGGACAGCAGCAGAGUUAAGCCACAUUCACACCAUAAGUUAAACCGCUAUGAUGCUACUUUAAACAUGGCUUCCCCUAAAGAAUUCUAGGAGCUGAGAGUUGUUAAGAGUGUUGAGAGUCAUUAAGAGAGAGUUAUUCCCUUCACAAAGCUAUGAUUCCCAGAGUUCCCCACGGAGAUGAAUUGAUUGUUAAACAACUCUGAGAACUGUAGCUCUGUGAAGUUCAAGGAAGGGUCCCUUCCUAACUUCCUGCCUGGGCUGCUGCUGCUAAACAUACGAGGUGGCCAAGGCCUCUCAUGUUUUGCUCUCUUUCUUUUAAAAGAAGGGCAUUGAGAAGUUCACAGGAACACAUGUCCCCUCCAUGCCAAUUUACACUUCCUAGAAGGUCUUCAGAGUGUCACAUCGCUCUGAAACCACACCAGGAAGUGUGGCUGGCUGCUUCAUCCCUCCCUCCUGCCACACUUCCUGAGGUGGUUUCAGAGCAACAUGACAGCAUUGCCUUAUUUUGCAUUGCUCUGAAGCCCUUCUAGGAAGACUUGGUAGAAGGAGUUGGCAUAAAGGGGCUCAUGAAGAGGCCACUGAGAGGAUUAAAGGCUUUUUAUACAAAGUGCCAGGCAACUGUUGUACAUUUAAGGGAAGCAGCAACCUACCUCCCUUCUCCAAAGAGAUUCUCUCUGGCAAACUUUCAGAAAUUAUGGUAGGGAGGCCCUAGGGUGGAGUGAAAGCUUCCCAGCAACCCACCACCCGGGGGCCCACUAUGUUUGCUGCUGCUUGUGGCAAUCCUCUCAGUGACCCACCCUUGUCCCUUGCCCCCUCAGAAUGAUGCAGCGUCAUCACGUAGUAUGCAGAUUUGUCGUCAGUUUUGUCCCCCACUCCUGAAAAAUCAUCAAAAAAUUCCCUCGGCCUACCACUUGCAAAUGGAUUGGCAGAAUUAGAGGGGAAACAUUUUAGUUGAGCCUUAGAAGUUUUUGGUCAACCUCAAGUGAAGUCUCGGACCUCAGCAGCAGAGACCCUCUUUCAGCCUCUGCCUCCCUUCAGCAAUAUCAAUAUUGUAACAUUGGUCUACCUUACAGGGUUGUUGUUAGGGUUACGGUGAGAAAUUAUGUUUAGAGCUUUGUACAAUUUCCCCUGCAGUCUCAGCUGCCUUCCAAGAACAGCCUGCUCUGUUCAUUGGACAUGUGGGGCGAAGGCCUCCUUAAUGGAUAUUCUUCAGCUUUUGAAUUCUCUGUCCCUGGUGGUCAAGACUUGGCUUCUGGGACUGUCAUCCAGAGAUGAGCACGAGGCUUGUUUAAAAGCAUGCUGCAAUGCAGAUUGUGUAUGGAGAGGAAGGAGGUUUCUGUUGUUCAGGGGGGGGGGGAAGAACCCCUAAGUACAUUUCUGCACAUUUGCAGUUCCUUGUGCACACAUAAGCAGGCUUGCAGGAUUGUGGCCACACUGUGGUGCUGUCUUCCUCUUCUCCCUCCUUGGGGUUACAAGGACUUGGCUGCUCCUUUUAAUUGUAUGUUAUGAUGGCUUGUAGCAAGCCUGAAAGCAAAAAGAAAACCUUGCUGUCUGCAUAUAUUUUAAUGCUUGUGAUGGAGAGCUAGUAUUGAGAGAUUUGGAGCAUAUAUUUGAAGCAGCAUUGGGCAAGAGGAAGCCCUUGGCCUGACACAAUGUUCUUACAUUCAUAUGUUGUUUACUGGUCCCCAAAAUCCACGUUAUUUGGAAGCCUGAAUCUUGGAAUAAGAUUUUAUGCCAGGGAGAGGCAACUUGUGACCCUCCAGUUGUAGCUGGACUCCUCCCAUAACUCAGUACAGUAUGGCCAAUGGUCACAUAUUAUGAGAGUUGGGAUCCAGCUGGUUCGGGAGGGCUUCUUUAUGCAGAACCAAGCCAACAAGCAAAAGGCCUGGAAUUGCAUGUUGCAUCGUGGUUGAAGAAUUCUUAUUGGGCAUCAUUCUCCCCUCCACUGCAAGUGGUAGAAAACAGCCUCCCAGCCAUUCUCGGAGCCACCCGCUGCUCCAAGCUUUCCUGCUUCUAAGAAUCCACUUCACUGUAACUUGGCAGCAGGGAGAUAAAGCCCUAAGAUUAAAAGCCAGUCAAUCAGAUCCUAUUGGCAAGAAUCAAGCACCGCAGUCGCUCUUCCCUCCUCCCUUCCUCCUCCCCCCCAUAAGGCACAGGGAGAAAAGAGUCCAAAGCAGCUGAGCCGCUAACACACGCUGCAUGACAAGAUGAAAGCCUCAGGAGUGAGUGGGAACGUGCCUGUCUCGCUUGAAGUGGAAAUAUAAAAGGAGGUAUCCAGCCACCUCCGAGCUCUUUGUUAGGAGACCUGUUCCUUGAGCGGCUCAAAGGAGAGACAGACAUGAAGGUUUUCACUGGGUCAUCUGCUCAGUUGCCUGGUGAAGAAGCGGGAGAUUCCCUGCUCUCUCAGAAUACUUGCCGGUUCGCCAGACACUUCCCUCCCCUGCCAGGAACAAGGCCGGCAGGCCGGAGGGUCAGGUAGCUGGGGGCUCAUUUUUUCAAAUGCCAGCUUCUGUUUAUCUGACCAUGAUGCGCAAGCAGAGUCCCCGAGUGUAAGAGAGUGACUUGCCGGCUGUCAACAGGGCUCUUUUUGCCAGUAAGCGGCUACUUAGCAGCCUGACCGUUCAGCUGCCAGCAAUGCCUUCACUCACUUAGCUAGGCCAUCACAUUAUGGUGGGUUGUUGUUUAUUAUUGCCUUGGCAUGUUCCCAGGAGAAUGCUAAUGGGCAAAGGGUGUGUAGCCCAUAUUCCUCUUCACAACAGUAUUUGUGAGAGGAAUGAGUUAAAUAUCCCCAGGACUAGCACCAGUGAGUGAGUUUCUAGCUGAGCAGAGUUUUUAACCCAUCACUUUCAGCAAUAGCUCUCUGCUGUAGCAACUCUUUCAGAAUUGCCACAAUGGAGGCAAUGUUUGUGCAAAUGGCCACAGAGGAGUUGUUUGUUUGUUUGUUUUUUUAAAAAAACCAUCUUCCCUCCAUCAGGGAACCUAAGGUGGCAUAUAUGUGAUUCUCAGGCUGUCACUCAUCCAAGCAUUGCCUGCUUAGUCUUCAGACCAUACCUUGGAACCCUUGUUGCCUGAAUGAUGUUGCACAGGAUAUCUGUUCCCAUUCCAAGAACCCACCUAGACUAGGUCCCAGCAACAAGCCAUGAGUUCUUUACUCAGGGCUAGGAGCCCUUGAUGAGGGUUGCUAAUUUGAUGCCUGUGAGGUGGCUUUUGAGACUGCUGAUUUUUAGUAGAUCUAUUAUGAUGGAGCCCAGGGCAAAAGCUCUCUGCUCACUUAAGACAUAGUGUUAUUGAUUGAUUGAUUGAUUGAUUGAUUGAUUGAUUGAUUGAUUGAAAGCAGGGGGGAGUGGGAAUAGCCUUGCUCAUCUAUUUUCUGUCAGUAAAGCAAGAACACAGUAAUGACUAUCUUGCACUGAGGAGGCCAUUGGUUCAUGUAGCUCAGUCAGUACUGUCUAUUAUGCUGACUGACUGAGGCUCUCCAGAGUUUCAGAUGCUGAGACACUUCUAGCCAUUUCUGGAGAUGCCAGGGAUUGAACCUGAGACUUUCAGCACGCAAGGAUUUUGUUUUAAGGGGCAACUGAGUCAUAAGACUCCCCAAAUGGCCUAGCCUCUUGCUUACCACAGUGGCCAACCCAACAACUUUGGACUACAUGAAGGGGUGUUGACUCCCCCCCCCCUGUUUAUAUUCUAUCAUUUGAUAGGCAUUCGAGGACAAGCUCCUGCCCUGGGAGGGGUGUGUGUGUGUGCAACCUGAAAGGAAGAGGCGUGGAAUGGAUGCUGUUCUGCUCUUGAUUCUCUGUUGUGCGGUGAUGGCAGGGGCAUCACUUUUCUAUCUGCACCCGUCAUCUGAUGACACCCUUGAUACCUGGCCAUCAGAAGCAGGAAACAAACAAGGAAGUGGGGCCUGGUCUGUGCCCCUACUUCCACAUUGCCGCCUCCACUGGAAUAAGGCCCUUGUUGUUGUUCUGCUAAUUUGUACUUCCUUCCUCACCAUACUUUGCCUGGGAAGUGGGGAGGCUCCUGGCGCAAUCAUCAGCAUGCAGUUCGCAGCCCUCACUAACCAGGCAGGCUGGUGCACACGGGUGGUGUUUGUUUGACACCUGGGAAGUGGAACACGGCCCCAGAACAGCUGUCGACAGCACGUCCUGCCUGGGUUUUAUGGCCCUAGCCUGUGCACGCAGGGAUAAAUAACCUUCUAAUCAAUUUCUCCGGCUAACACAGCGCAGCGACACAGAUAACGUCAGCAGCAUAUGCCGCCUGCCCCAGUGCACUGGCGAGUCAGCGGCUCUUUGUCGGUGUUAACCAGGAGCUGAGCUGAGAGGGGAUUUCAAAUAGGACCCCCAGGCAUGAGCCAUGAGCCAAAGUCACCUUCUCUAGGAAUGCUUUCAACAGCGACCCGGACCACCGCCACCGUCAGCCCCCUGACCCCAUCUCCUCUCAAUGCCUCCCUUGUGCCCAGUGGCAGCCCGGCAGCCAACAGCACUUUGUCAGUCCAGUCCGCACCCUCUUCCAGCUUUGCCGCCGCCCUACGCAAGCUUGCCAAACAGGCCGAGGAACCCAGAGGGUCUUCAAUAAGCAGCGAGUCUUCUCCUGUUUCCUCACCGGCCACCAACCACAGCUCCCCUGCAAGCACUCCCAAGCGAGGACCAAUGGGGCCCCUGAUUGUCCCACCGGGAGGGCACAAUGUGCCGAACACGCCUCCGGUUGUGACCAUUGCACCCACCAAAACUGUGAAUGGCGUCUGGAGGAGUGAUGGGCGACAGCAAGAAGCUGGGUCACGAAGCAGCGGUGGAAACAGCAGCAGCAACAGGGACCGCCUGAUGGCUGAGGCCCCGUUACCCCAGGAGAAAGCCAGUGGCCCAACAGUCCCUUCUCACCUGCUGGGGACGCCUUAUUCCUUUGGGAUCCCUCCUAACUCCAUCGUCCAGGACUCUCGUUUCCCACCUCUCAACCUCCCACGGCCUGUCCACCAUGUGGUUCCUCCCAGCGCAGUCACAGAAGAAUACCUGCGGAGCUUCCGGCCCUACCAUACAGCUGAAGAGCUUCGCAUGUCCUCCCUGCCGCCCAUUACUCUGGAUCCAGCCACAGCUGCUGCUUACUACCACCCCAGUUACCUGGCUCACCAUCCUUUUCCUCACCCAGCCUUCAGGAUGGAUGAUUCGUACUGCCUUUCAGCUCUACGCUCACCUUUCUAUCCAAUUCCGACUCCUGGUUCACUCCCACCGCUUCAUCCAUCAGCCAUGCACCUCCACCUGUCUGGAGUGAGGUACCCCACCGAGUUGUCUCAUUCGUCUCUCUCUGCCCUUCAGUCCGAACGCAUAUCCAGCCUGACUGCAGAGAGGCUGCAGAUGGAUGAGGAGCUGCGGCAGCGGGAGCGAGAGAAGGAGCGAGAACGGGAAGCUGAUCGGGAGCGCGAGAGGGAACGGGAACGGGAGCGAGAACGGGAGCGGGAGAAGGAGCUGGAACGGGAGCGGGAGCGGGAAAAAGAGAGGGAACGGGAACGGGAGCUGGAGAGGCAGCGAGAAAGAGCCCGGGAGAAAGAGCAGAGCAUUGUCAAAGCCAUGGAAGGCCCCUUCUUACCAGUGUCAGAGUUGCACGGACUGAGGAGUCACCCACCAGAAGAGCGUGUCAAACCAUCUGAGCAGCUAACGCCAAACCGAGCAGAGAAGCCCAAGGACUCUUCUGCUAUCCAGACCCCCAAGCCAGUCCAGCAUCCUUUGCACUCGUCUGCCUCACACCAUCCCGUGCCCAGCCUCAUUUCCAACCACAGCAUCUUCCCCCUGCCUGGCAGCAGCACAGCCACAGCACUCCUCAUCCAGCGCACCAAUGAGGAAGAGAAGUGGCUGGCGCGACAGCGGCGGCUACGGCAGGAGAAAGAAGACCGCCAGUCCCAGGUGUCGGAGUUCCGGCAGCAAGUUCUGGAGCAGCAUUUGGAUAUUGGGCGCCCGCCCGGCCAGAUGGAGGCCGAGCACCGGCCAGAGAACCCCAGAUCGGGACCAAACCGCCCUGAACCAAGUAGUCGAGACCAACCACAGCAUUUUGGAGGCCCCCCUCCACUUAUCUCUCCUAAGCCUCAGCACCAUCCCGUCCCCACUUCCCUCUGGAACCCUGUCUCCUUGAUGGACACUUCUGAGGCACGAAGGAUACAGGAAAGCCACCCUCUCCCAAGCCACAGCACCCAGUAUGAGUCAAGUCGGCAAGCCAUCCCCCUUGUGAAGGUUGAGCGGGUGUACUGUCCAGAGAAACUAGAGGAAGGGGCUAGGAAAAGAGAAGCCCUGGAGAAGUUCCAGCCUCCUCGGGACCCUGGCGGGGUAGAGCACAGUGGCUUUUCCCAUGGGCCCUUCUUAGCAGAACUGGAGAAGUCCACACAGACCAUAUUGAACCAGCAGAGGGCCUCCCUCUCACAGGGUGGGCAGUUGGUUGACAUGAGCUUGAACGCCAAGCCAGGCUCACCCUAUCGGCAUCCAUUACCCAGAAGCCAUGACCCCAUGUAUGUUUACGACGAGUUCUUGCAACAGCAUCGGAAGCUGGUCAGCAAGCUGGACCUGGAAGAGAGAAGGCGGAGAGAAGCCCAGGAGAAAGGUUACUACUAUGAUCUGGAUGACUCUUACGAUGAGAGCGAUGAAGAGGAAGUGCGAGCCCACCUGCGAUGUGUUGCAGAGCAACCCCCAUUAAAGUUGGACACCUGCUCUGAGAAACUGGAGUUCCUACAGCUUUUUGGACUGACCACCCAACAACAGAAGGAGGAGCUGCUGACUCAAAAGCGGAGGAAACGGCGGAGAAUGUUGCGAGAGAGGAGCCCCUCGCCACCUAGCGUCCAGAAUAAACGCCAGACACCCUCUCCUCGUUUUGUGCUCUCAACACGUUACAGCCCUGAUGAAAUGAACAACAGCCCAAACUUUGAGGAGAAGAAGCGAUUCCUUACCACCUUCAAUUUAACCCACAUCACUGCUGAGAAACGGAAAGAUAAAGAGAAGCUGGUGGAGAUGUUCCAUGCCAUGAAACAAAAAAGUGCCUCCACAGCAAUAUCAGUGAAAACCUCCCCACGGGACAGUCCUAGUAGUGUGCAACCUGAGCCACAAGUACAGCAAACUGCUGUGGAUUCAGAGAAGCCAGUCAGCAUUGCUGCUGCUUCGCUGCCAGACUCUCAGAAGACAGCUGAGCCCAGCAGAAUGGAACAGCUGCGACCGCAUGAGUUUCCAAGGUCCAAGGAGCAUGCUCCUAUCUCCGCAGAGAAGCCUAAGUUGAGUGAUGGGCACACAGCCAAGAAAAGCCUGAGCAUCCUUAACUAUGUCCGAGGUUCUUUGCCGAAGGACAUCCCUGUGCCGUUAUCACACAGUAUGAAUGGGAAGAACAAGCCAUGGGAGCCCUUUAUAGCUGAGGAGUUUGCACAUCAGUUCCACGAGUCUGUGUUGCAGUCCACACAGAAAGCGUUGCAGAAACACAAAGGAAAUGCAGUGGCACACUCCGCAGAGCAGAACCACAAAGUUGAUUCCUCCAUUCAUUAUAACAUUCCGGAGUUGCAGACUUCAAGUUGGGUGUCUCUGCCACAGCAGAAUGGCCAGAAAGACUCCCAGCAUAAGGGUUUCAUACCCCCAGAGCAUGAAAAGGUCUCUGACUCGGAAGAGGAAGAGGAGGAGGAGGAAGAGGAGUAUCCCAGACCCAAAUGGCAGGGGAUUGAAGCCAUCUUUGAGGCUUACCAAGAACAUAUAGAAGAGCAAAAUUUGGAACGACAAGUGCUGCAAACCCAGUGCAGACGCUUGGAGGCCCAGCACUACAAUCUCAGUCUGACUGCAGAACAACUAUCGCACGCUAUGACGGAACUAAGGAACCAGAAGCAGAAGAUUGUCUCUGAAAGGGAACGACUUCAGGCCGAACUAGAUCACUUGAGAAAGUGCCUUGCGUUGCCUGCAAUGCAGUGGUCUAGAAGUUACUUCAAGGGGUAUCCCAGGUGA